CGAAACAGAAACCAAAAGAAGAAGAAGAAGAAGAUGGUUCCGAUCUGGGAAUCACAACCCCUCCCCCAAUAGAGCUUCUUUGUCUUGUGUUAAUUCUUUUUUGUAGAGACUGAGUGUCUGCGUGUGUUUGUUUUGUUGAAAAUGGAAGGUCGCCGGAGGCUAACGCUUCUCGAUCAGAUGUCAGCAAGUACGAACGGCAGAGCAUUAGCCGGAUUGAGCCUCGACGACGUUUUGACCCCAAGAGCAGCAACAGCAGCAUCACCCAAACAGCCCCCGCCGGCGCCGGCGAUACCCGCCUCCAUUUCGGGUCGGACCCUGCUCGACAUUAUCCGCGACGAAGAGCCCAAAUCGUAUAAAGCCUUGAUCGGAAAGAAAGACAAGAAGCCGUGGAAGACGUUCAAAGACCGCCUCCGCCUCAAAAAAGCCAGCGCCGCCUGGGCCUCCUCCAUCCUCGUCCCCACCUCCGACGUCUCCGUCCACCGAUACAACAACAACCACCGCCACCAACUCCAAGGCUACAGCCACAGCCGAGCCCGCUGCAACUCCAUCCGUUACGUCACGCCGGAGCCGCAGCCCAUGGCUGAGCCCGGAGACAACGCCGCCGCCACCAGCCGCCCGUCGCCGAGCUUCACGCGGCGGAGUUCCGUCAGGUUCGCGUCGCCGGUGGACGACGUCGACUCGCCUCGCCGCCGGCUGGAGACGGCGAUCAGCGAGGAGAGGUCGCUUUCGGCGAGGGAGGCGGUGGCGGCACAACAUGCCGCCGAGGCCGCCGCCGCCGCCGCCGAGGAGGCAGCGGCGGAGGGAGAAGGAGCGGAGCAGCCGGUGAGGAUGUCAUUGAUGGACUUGUUGGAGGAGACGGACAGGCAGAUGGGGCUGGAAGGCGGGAGGUACACCAUGGAUGACGAGGAUGAAGAAGAAGAGGAGGAGGAGGAGCCGGUAGCGGCGGCGGCGGCGGAGGAAAAACAGGGAGGAGAAGAAGGUGGGGGAGUGGAGUACAGUUGCUGCGUGUGCAUGGUGAGGCAUAAAGGCUCGGCAUUUAUCCCCUGCGGACACACGUUUUGCCGGAUGUGCUCCAGAGAGCUCUGGGUUCAGAGAGGGAAUUGCCCCCUCUGCAACAAUUUCAUCUUGGAAAUUCUUGACAUUUUCUGA